CCAUAUUGACAAUCCAAGCCAAAAUUGACACUCACACAUUAAAAACAUCACUAUAGUCUUAACCAAAUUAUACAUUUCUUCAAUCAAUGGCUUUCACUCCUCAUGAAUACGACGGUCACAGCCUCUUUUCCAAUGAAUUCAUCAAUUCUUCUCUUAUUAAUAAUCCUCUCCCAGGCGCAAAUAAUACUAGCACCUUACCAAUUUGCACGUCUUCACAAGCAAAUUUAAUAACCUCCAGCUCUCUUUAUGAUCACAACAAUGAGCAGCUACUCAAUAUUAAUUCACUGGCUCAUGAUCAUUAUGUGCCACCAUCAAUUUCAAUGAUGCCCUGGUUCCCGGAGAGGCUAGGGGUUUCGGACAUGACGGUGCCGGUGCUACUACCUGCGUCGUCUAAUUCGAGCGACUAUUCUUUUAAUAGUACUACUCAUCAUCAGGUUUAUAGGGUCGACAAUAACAACAACAAUAAUAAUAAUGGAUGCAGCGGCCAACACGAGGGUACUUGUGAAUCUUGGGAUGAAACUACUGAUCAUGGAUUUGAAUCCAACUUCUGGUCCCCUUGUCCUCUCACUACCUCCAACAAUUGGGGGGCUCGAAGGGAAACAAGUCCAAAAAUCAAAGAAGCACCGGCGAUGAAGAUCGGCAGGUAUUCAGAAGAGGAGAGAAAGGACAGAAUUCUCCGAUAUCUGAAGAAAAGAAAUCAGAGGAAUUUCAACAAAACUAUUAAGUAUGCUUGUCGCAAAACACUAGCGGACAAACGUGUUCGAGUUCGUGGAAGAUUUGCUAAGAAUAAUGAAGCCUGCGAUGAUGAGGUCCUCAUGAAGGGGAAUGUUAAUUUUCAUGGAGACAAGGAUAUUUGCUACGAUAAUCAUUUAAUCCAGAUGAAACAUGGUGAUCAUUAUAAUGAGGAGAAUUGGUUAGAAGAGGCAAUUAUCACAAACCUUAUGUAUAAUAUACCUUAUAUAGGCAGCUCCUAUGAUGGAGGAAUGUCAGUCGAACGUUUCAUGAGCUGAUAUCACUUCAGCAAUUUGUUUAUUACUACUUAAGUCACUAAUUUAUUAUAAAGUUGAUGUACUAAUUAUUUCUGAA